CAACUUCUUCAAACCCAUGCAAGUGUGAGUGAGAACAGACUUCUAACGGGCGGAGGAGAGCGAUGGCAGCACCACUGUGCGUGCUACCAGAGAGCUGAUUUCUAUUGUUGGGAUUGCAAAGCGCAAAGCGCGCACCGUACACGUGAAGCGCAGCGCCUGGGAGAAACGAGGCGGAGUGAAGAGACACGACCCUGUAGUUACAUUUCCCAGCUCGUCUUCCAUUUCUCUUCCAGCCUGGACUUAUUUCUGAAAAGCAAAACAAAUAAUAAUAAUAAAAUACAGAUCAGAGUAAAGAAACGGGAUUACUCCGAGGGAUCUCGAGCGAUCUGGCGAUGAAGAAGAACAAUUCGGCGAAGCGGGUACGAGCCCCAAAACAGUGGGCGCUAUUGUCACUGUGGCUUUAAGUAACACGCGUCUUUGUGUUUUAACACUUUGUCUCUGGAUACAUUUUGGAAACACACACUGAUGCUCGAUCUGCUCGAUUAUGCGCCAUUGUAGCGUUUUUUGUGCGUGUGUUCUGCUGGACUCCAUCAGUAAUACCCAUUUGUUAUUGCAGAACUGACAUUUUCCAUCUAGGUUUUUUUUUCUCUCCUUUCCUUCACUUGCACGUUUUUGUUGUUUUGUUGACUACAUAAAGUAAAGAGCCAUUGUGUCCUUACACUGAUCGCUUGUGGAAAGUUCAGCACCGACUCAAGCUCGCAGUUGGUGUUGCACAAAGAAUGGGACGAUCUCCAUGACAAAGGCAAUGGCUUUGCAGGACUCCAGCCAGCAGCCUGCUCAACCAGACAAAGUGGGAUGGAUUCGCAAGUAUUGUGGUAAAGGCCUUUUUAGGGAGAUCUGGAAAAACAGAUAUGUGGUGCUGAAAGGAGACAAGCUGUACAUCUCGGAGAAAGAGGUGAAGGAUGAGAAGAAAUUUCAGGAGGUGGUGGACCUUACAGACUAUGAGAGGUCUGAGGAGCUUCGCAAGGCCAAGAGUCGGACCAAGAAAAAUCACAGCAAGUUUACGCUGCUGUGCGCCCGCCAACCAGGCAAUACGGUUCCAAAUCUGGUCUUCCUGGCUGUCAGUCCAGAGGAAAAAGAGUCAUGGAUCAAUGCCUUAAACAUAGCCAUCACCAGGGGCAAGAACCGCAUUCUGGACGAGAGCCAACAUGCUACUUGCACUUCUCAUACACUCAUCAGGAGAGGAAAGGCUGGAGAGGAUGGAGUCAGCACACAAAGCCAGGUUACAGUGGAAGGUGAAAGCUGUUUGGUUCAUCCCACGCGAGACCGAGCUAAAAUCCCACACACACGCCGACUUCCCACCCGUGGGCACCUUUUGACUGUGGCCUCACCAACUACAUCAGAUGGUAUGCUGACACUUGACCUCAUUCAGGAAGAAGAUACGCCAUCUCCUGAGGCACAUGACCAGAACAAAUCUGCAAACUCCAGGGUGGACACCUGUAAACUUCAGCCUGACUGUGAAUCUACAGUCAAAUCUCAGAGCCUACCACGUAAAAGUGAGAGCUCUUGGACCUGGUGCGAGAGCCAAGCACAAACUCCCAGGGCUGGAAAGAAUUUCCGAACGACGGACAAGAACCGCUGCGCCUCCAUGGAUGAGAUCCUCUCUCACUCAGACACUAAGAGAUCAGUCCCCCACUGCUCAGCCUCAGCCCCCGCACACUCCAUCAGCCAGCUACAGGAGCUCAUCUUGUUAAAACUGGAGAGAACUCAAGAGAUGUUGUGUGAGGCACGGGGUCACAGCCAGGGUCGCGGUGCAGAUUCUGUCCCUGGCAAGGAGGUGGAACGCCUGCUGGAGGAGGCAGCAAGUGCCUGGGGACAGUCUAGAGACGUGCUGGAGGAGGUGAAGGAAAUCAGAGUACUGUGCAGGCAACUGGAGGAGCUCUCCUACUCCAGUGACAAGCUGAAGAGCCCAAAACAAAAUCAAUACAGAAAAAGCAUGAUGUGAAGAUGUGGACAAGGUGAUGCAAUGAGGCCUGGUGAUGCAGCUAAUGGACUUCAAAAUGUAUAAAAAAUGGACUGUGAGACUGAUCAAUAUCCGAUUUGGACAUAAAAGCCUAUAAUUUGUCAGGCUACACACCUUCAACAGCUUGUCCCAUCUUGUCAGAAGCUUUGUAAAGUCUUCUUAAAUGUUAGAGUGUUUAAAGACACAUUUACUGUACUGUCUUCUGCUACCUUCUACAUUGGUUUUUAUAUUACCAAACCGUCAGCAAUCUCACCCAGGAACAUCUGAAGGAACAACACUUAUAGCACAUAACAGAAAUCACUGAGAGACCUUAUUUAUUUUUGCAGAAAUGGAUUGGUUGUGAUACCACACUAUGCUGGAACUUCCUCAAAGGACUCUCACAACUGAUUUCUUACUAAUUGACAUUACAUGACAGUUAGCAUGUGUGCAAAUGCUUAAACUGUACAUGCAGACUUUAGUCCUGUUUUACAGCUGAUACUAUGUAGAAGGUUGUCCAAAGCCAGAAACAAGAAAUUUGCCAUAAUCCAGUAAUUGAUGAUGUUACAGAAAAUGCAUGUUGUAGCCAUUUUUGAAAUUCUGUCUGCUUUACAAAAUCCUGAUUUGUUCCCCUUCCCUCGGUGGUCCCUUCUGGAGCCAAUAAUAUAUACUCCCUGGCCACUUUCAUAGGGACACAUAAGCACAUGCUCAGCCUAUCAUGUGGCAGCAGUGCAAUGCAUAAAAGUAUGUAGAUUCAGGUCAAGAGCUUCAGUCAAUGUACACAUCAAAUAUUAGAAUGGGGAAAAAUAUGAUCUCAGUGACUCUGAUUUUAACAUAGUUUUUGGUGCCCGGAGGGCUGGUUUGAGUAUAUCAGAAACUGUUGAUGUCCUGGGAUUUUCAUGCAACAGUCUUUAGUGUUUACACAGAAUAGUGCGGAAAAAAAAACAGUGGUUCUUGGGUAGAAAUACCUUGUUGAUGAGAAUGGCCAGAUUGGUUUGAGUUGACCGGAAGACUACGGUAACUCAAAUAAGCACUCUUUACAACUGUGGUAAGCAGAAAAUCAUUUCAGAAUGCAUAACAUAAUAAACCAGAUGGGCUACAAAUGCAGAAGACCACUGCUGGACAGGUGAUGACUGGAAAAAGACCAGGUGAUUUUUUCCCAAUCUUCAGCUUUCCAGUUUCCAGUUUUGUAAGCUCAGAUGCCUGUUCUUGGCUAACAGAUGUUGUAGCCCAUUCUAGAGACUGCUGUGUGUGAAAACCCCAAGAGAUCAGCAACAAAAGCUAUAACAGUGGUAAAGUCACUGAGAUCACACAAUUGCAUAAAAUGAGCAGGGGUACAGAUGUUUUUUGUUUUUACAUUUUUUUUAUAAUCAAAGUGGCUGGUGAGUUUAUAUUGGUCUAUAAUAUAAGGAUUAGGCAGACAGAAAUUUGCUGCUGCUCUGUUAUGUUGGUUUUUUGCUGCACUGAAAACCAAUAUAGCAUAGGUCAGGGUAUUUUGGAGUGUUAGCUCUAACUCUGCUGUCAGGGAGCCCUUUAUGAAGCGGAUUAAUAUGGAGGAGCAAAGCAUCCCAGGCUGUGGAGCUAUUGAGAAAACCACGGGCAUCACCAACCUGCCACAAUGUGAAUGUUUUAUUUUUCUAUGUAAUACACUGGAACAGCUCUGGUUCAUUGAGGAUGGAAGUCUCCAAGGCUCUGGACUUUAUGGGGCUGUAUGAGUCUUUGCUGCUUCUGUGACGUUUUCCUAAUAAUGCUCAGCACACAUGGUCUAUUAUAUAUGUACAAGACGUCAGUAUAUACACAAAUGCAGCCAAUAUCAGUGGCGGCCAUUGUGAAGAGGCUUACUGCAUCUGUGCAGAAGAAAGCUGAACUUUCUUUGAAAGUAGGUGGACUCAAACUCAAAAAAGCCAUGCGUAGAUAUACGGUCAGGAAUACAGAUAAAAUCUGGUGCCAGUGUUGCUGUAGGUUUUGGAAGGAGGAAGAGACAGAACUGCCAUUAGAUCUGGGAUUCAAUGUUUGUGGAGGCUUGAAAGCUUAAAGGAAAUGGAUAAUAAUCUAAAAUUUGCACUAUUGAAUGCUGUAAAAACUGAAGCGAAACUGGCAAGCUGUCUUUUUUUUUUUUUUUAAACCCCCUAAGGCGCUAAGCAGACAAUCUAACAGUAGCUAGCUCACAGUCAGUUACCUAAAAUGUUGGUACAAGGAUACAAUAAUUUACAAAAAAAAAAAAAAAAGAAUCAAAUGCUGCCUUAGUGUACUUUCCCAAGGGCACAUGCAAUUUGCAUGUCAGUUUCAAAGAUGUUUGCGUUAUCCAUGAAUGAAACUUUACCUUUAAGUUGCCUAAACCGAUAGAGGUGAGACGUGUAGUGGCACAGAGGCCUUUACAUUAGACCUAAUUUGCUUAAGUAAAACUCAGCAGAUAGAAAACUAUGCAAUAUUGCAUACAAGCCUGAAAUAAUCAGGCAUCAAGACUUACUGGUGAUGUAAAGUGUGGUACUGUUACAGACCAAAGGGUAUGUGCUGCCGGUAUCUAACGUCUUAUUUUACAAUUAAUAGCCCAUUAAUGUGUUUGCACAAUUCUGUAGGUAUGAUUUAAAUCUGUCUUGUCAUUUAGACCUGAUUACAGUGUUAUUUUUCUACAUUUUAUUGUAAAAUGCAUUUUUGUAGAUUCAGUAAAAUAUUCUACAAAGGGACCCCCCCCCCCCAAAAAAAAAAAAAAAAAAAAAGAUUGACUUGUAUAAUGCUUACCUGGACAAAAAGCUCAAAUCACAUCUGUCUGAAUCUGAGGCACUAUGAUGUGUUGUGGAAAACCUUUUAGCAUUUAACAAUAACAAAGCACAGUAUGUUUUAAGGCAUUUUUGUCUCUGAAAUAGAUACAGAACUAAUCCAAUUUCCUUGGUUUAUGCAAUAUUAAUGCUGCAAAGAUGCCAGUAAUCUCCGUGUCUAACACAUUUGAAUAUGUAACAUCAAUGGAAUCACCACAAUUUUCCACUAAGUUAUGACUAGAAGUUAUUCCCCACACAUCUACCAGACACUGAGACAUUUGGCCGUAAACAAAAUGGACCACAAAUGAAAAAAUCUAAAUUAUUAAACAUUAUACAGGCUGCAGACCAGACGAGGCCACAGAUAAAUAACGUGUACCUUUUCAGUGAUGUUAUUACUUUCUUAAUGCUGCAAAAGAAAUGACAGCAAGUGAAAAUAUCUUGAAUGCAGUCAAAUAUAUCUAGUAUUUCCUAUUAUAACAUUACAGUAAACCAAAUAUAUGACUAUUAGUCCUAUUUCUAGACAUGCUUUAUAAUUUAAAGCUUGAAAUAGUCUUAUUGUAUUGGCAGAUACGAAGCAGUUAUUUCUAGAAAGAAGCAAAAUUAUCUGCCAAAUGAAUAAGAAUAUUUGAAGUGAGUUAAAGUAUCUAAAACCAGGCUGAAUAAUCUUAAAUUUGAUUUAUAAUAAAUUCAUAAUAAGAAAUAUUAAAUAAAUUUGCAAUAUCACUUACUAAGAUAUUAUUAUACAGUGUGACCAAGUUUUUCUUAUUUUCCAAACUCCUUCCUGUAAGCCAUAUAAUCUACCAAUUGUAACAACUUCUCUUGAUUUUUGGAAUGCUUAUUUUUAAUUGAAUUUUAUUACAGUAUAAAUGAAUGAAUGAAUGAAUGAAUGGCACUGGGCUGAUUUGUCAGAUACGGUCCCAGGAGAGGCAUAAAAUUGUUUCAUAUAAUGAACACACGGACACAUUCUAGUUCAACUCUUGCUCUGUUUUAUUUUUAAAGCUAAAUGUACCAGAAUAAAUCCUAAGAGGGUUAUGUUUAUAGAGAGUUUUUACUGUGAUUGUAGAGCAGUAAGUGUUGGUGUAGGGGGUUUGAAUGUUAAUCAUGUUUAUACUCUGGACUAUCUCUGAUUCUUUGGUUGAUGUCACACCUUUGCUGAGAUGCCAUGCAGUCACAGACUGCUGGAAAUACCUCAGAAAUGCAGCUAUGUACCUCAAACACCUUAAUCAUUUCAGUUGAUCUGCUUAGUGUUUUGUAAAAUUGAUGCUGUGUCCCCUCAAGUCUCCUUAGCUACAUGUUUCAGGUAUAGCAUAACGGGAUACAUGUGGUUAUGUGUGAAUAUGUAAUUGUAGGUGUUGCACUUAAUUUUUUUUAUGUUCAGGAUUGGUGAAUCUCUGAUAUACUUGAGACAGACCACUUGUGCAAUUAAAACCAUUACCAUUACAAACUCCAUAACCACAUUUAAA